CAGCCUACCUGAUGGCCCUGCUUUAAUUGAGCUUUUGCUUAAAAUAGAAUACAGAAACAGAAGAGGCAUUUUCUUAACAUAUGGCUGCUAAUAACUGCAAAUAUAAUAAACAAGCUCACCCUCCUCCUUUCUCCCCCAAAGCCGAGCUGUGUCACUAGUGAACUAAGGCUGAUGAAGAGACCUGAGCACACUGUGAGAUGCUCAGCUGUAAUACAGGCACUGGCAUUUUCUACUGAAGCAGGUUCUGAGACACUGACUUGCAGAGUCUAACAGAUGCUGGCAGGGGCACCUGCUUGCUGGAGCCAAAGCUACAAAUUCCCUUAAUUCCAAGCCAUGAAUGAAUCCAGGUGGACUGAAUGGAGGAUCCUGAACAUGAGCAGUAGCAUUGUGAAUGUGUCCGAGCAUCAUUCCUGCCCGCUUGGAUUUGGUCACUACAGUGUGGAGGAUGUCUGCAUCUUUGAGACAGUUGUUAUUGUCUUACUGACAUUUCUAAUCAUCGCUGGGAACUUAACAGUCAUCUUUGUCUUUCAUUGUGCUCCACUGUUACACCAUUAUACUACCAGCUACUUCAUACAGACAAUGGCAUAUGCUGACCUCUUCGUUGGAGUUACCUGCUUGGUUCCUACUCUGUCCCUUCUCCAUUACUCUACAGGUGUCCACGAGUCAUUGACUUGCCAAGUGUUUGGAUAUAUUAUCUCAGUUCUAAAAAGUGUUUCUAUGGCCUGUCUUGCUUGCAUCAGUGUGGAUCGCUAUCUUGCAAUAACCAAGCCUCUUUCCUACAAUCAACUGGUCACCCCUUGUCGCCUGAGAAUUUGCAUUAUUAUGAUUUGGAUUUACUCCUGCCUAAUUUUUUUGCCUUCCUUUUUUGGCUGGGGCAAACCUGGUUACCACGGUGACAUUUUUGAAUGGUGUGCCACAUCUUGGCUCACCAGUGCCUAUUUUACAUGCUUUAUUGUUUGUUUACUUUAUGCUCCUGCUGCCUUGGUUGUCUGCUUCACUUACUUUCACAUUUUCAAAAUUUGCCGGCAGCACACCAAAGAGAUAAAUGACCGGAGGGCCCGAUUCCCUAGCCACGAGGUAGAUGCCUCUCGAGAGGCAGGACACAGCCCCGAUCGUCGCUAUGCCAUGGUUUUAUUUAGGAUAACCAGCGUGUUUUAUAUGCUAUGGCUUCCGUAUAUUAUUUACUUUCUUCUAGAAAGUUCUCGUGUCUUGGAUAAUCCAACACUGUCCUUCUUAACCACUUGGCUUGCCAUAAGCAAUAGUUUUUGUAACUGUGUAAUAUACAGUCUCUCCAACAGUGUUUUCCGCCUUGGCCUCCGAAGGCUUUCUGAAACAAUGUGCACAUCUUGUGUGUGUGUGAAAGAUCAGGAAGCACGAGAUCCCAAACCCAGGAGACGGGCAAAUUCCUGUUCCAUUUGAAGAGAACUGCACAGGAAAUAAAAUGUAAUGUGACAGUGAUUUUGGACUGUAUUCUUGAUUCACUUGGAAAUUUGCCCUAGAGAAAUAUUUAUGUGAAUAGUUGACUAUGAAGUGAAGAGUGAGAUUAAAGGUCUCUUUUAUUUCCUUUUGUGCAAGAAGAAAAGUAAAAGGAAAGGAUGUAUGGAGAAUAAUCUCAUAAGAGAAUUACAGCUUGUGAAUAUGUGUUCAGUGUUUGAUCCUCAUUACUGAGGAUCGAAGAGGUACUUCAAAUUUACAAAACAUGAGUGCUCCUUGACAUCUCUUUCUAUGUCCUCUCUGCCUAUGUCUCUGUCUUUUAUUUAGUCUUAUUCUGUGUUUUUAAUCUUUGUACUUGUUGGAGUUUAUUAUUUGCUAAACUGCCCUUUAUGAAAAAUGCAAGUGCAUAUAUGAGGUCAAGUAUGACCUUUCCUUCAGAGCAUUGAGACAUGCCAAUCUAUAUUAAUUGUGUUGUCUUUAGGGAGGGUGCACAGUGUUACAUUUUAUUAUUGUUCAUACAACCCCUUUAUUUAUGCACUUGACACGUUCUCCACAGCAUAGAUUUUCCACUACAAGCAGAAUAGAACAGUAUUUUUUUUCUUCUGUAAAAGGACUUUUGGUUUCUCCUCCCUUCCCCCAACACCUCCUAUUGCCUUUUCAUUGUUUCUCCAUCUGAGACCUGUGGGACACAUUCUAGAAGUAUCUUAGCUAAUGAAAGACUCCUCUAUAUAAGAGAGUCAAGAUGUUAAACAAGGUAUUCUUUCUAACAAAGCAAUCUAUUAGUUGGGAAGUUGUGUUUAAUGCUUUAAUGGAUUUUUGAAACAUUUUUAUCUGCUUUCUUUGAGGUUAGUUCAUGUGCCUAAAGUAAAGUCCUUUUUGCUAUAGUAAAGCCUCUUUUUCUCUAUAAAGCCCACAAUAAUCCUAAUGCAGUUGCAGAAUACUCACAUGUAAUGAAGUAUCACUCUUUGUGCUACUCAUAAUGCCCUUUAGAAAAUGUCAAACACUGAAAUUGUGUGUUAGGUCUGCAGCAACUUACUGUCACAUCCACUACUCAUUUGUAUGGUAUGUAUUUGCAUAUUCUAUAUUUUUUACAAAAAAUAUAAAUUAUAUUAUGUGGCCUGUGCCUAAUGUUUUCUUAGCACAAUACAUAUAUCAAUGUUGUUUAAGUUGUCAACAUUGGAACCAUAUAUAUGGACUUAUUUUAAAAGGAAAAUACUUUUGUGUAGUUGUUAUUUAGGUAUUUAUAUUAGAGGAAGCUGCAUUCUUAGUGCUGCUGCUGAUGCAGCAUACUUAUAAAAAGCAGUUCAGAGAUUCUGUUUUAUAAUGGUCUGUUUUCAAAUGUGGAGAUGAACCAAGUUUUUUAGUGUGCUACCUGAGAGUACAUAAUAAGUUGUUGGGAGUUUAGGGUCUGCCAUAGUAAAGCAGAUAUGAACAAAGCAGCUUACGUUUUUACCCUAAGUUCUUGCCUGGAAAAAGGUUGAAAAUUUCUAUUACACUGCUGAGGAUUUUUCUUCUUAGCACUUAAGACUUUUGUUUGUAUGUUUGUUUUAUGAAAAGCAUUUAAUGAAGCGUGCCUAAGACUCUAACUUAGAAGCCAACCAUGUCUACACACUGGUGUUUUGACUUCAGAAGUCUGUUAAAGAAAUGUUAUCACUUUAUUGAGGUUGUUCUGAACCCCUGUAUAUUUUUAAAUAUGUAAGAAAGGUUUAAAAUAAAGAAUAAAAGAGUAUUCUAUAUAUCAAAUCAAGACUUUGUAUCAGUUUACUAAAACACCAGGAACAAGAGUUACUUGUUGGGGGAUUGGAAUCAGGUUGUUCUAUACUUCCAUAGCUGGGGUUUGUGUGGAUUCCUGUUUCUUGUUUGCCAGUAGUAUCUUAGAUAAAUUGAAGUAUACCUUUUUAAACAAUAUUGCUAACUCUUUAAAUAUGAUAAAUAAAUUCUCCAAUAUUAAACAUAUUA